AUUUUCUUUCAGUACGAUUUCUGCAACUGUAGUGACGACACAACUUCAGACAAAUAGAGACACUUGCUUUAAACAUGUUAAUACCGCUUAAGAAUAUGGCUUUAUUUUUAGCAGCAAUUAUUUGCUUAAACCUGGUACAGGGAGAAAAAAAUCCAUUCCCAGAACCGGGUAGUCAUAACCUAUUGGCUGCCGAUCUCUUUCAUUCGUUAGUUGAAUCCAAAUCAUCCGAGAAUAUUUUCUUUUCCCCGCUAGCUGCCGAAACAGCUUUGACUUCAAUAUAUGCCGGUGCUAAAGGUAAAACAGCUGAAGAUCUGCGCACUAUACUCAGACUAGAGCCAGUGGAUACAAAUCGUGUGGCACAAGAUUUUGGUGAAUUUCUGAAAACUCUCCUACCAACGAAGAGUAAUACAAAAACCGGUGAUCCCCAAUUGUUUCUGGCUAAUGGUAUAUACAUACCCGCGGGUUUUAAAAUUUCACCAGAAUUUAAUAGAAUUCUUAAGGACAAUUUCGAAAGUCUUGUGGAAAAUGUUAACUUUGCAGAAAAUAAAUUGACUAUAGAUAAAAUAAAUAAAUGGAUCGAGCAACAAACUAAUGAUAAAGUUAAGCAUGUAUUGCAUGAAAAUGAUAUUGAUCCUUUUACCAAUGUGCUAUUGGUUAAUGGGCUUUAUUUCAAGGGUAAAUGGAAAUAUGCUUUUAAUAAGGAGGAAACUAAAACAGCAGAUUUCAAGCUAAAUUUAAAAGAAAUAAGCAAAGUGGACCUGAUGCAUAUCAGAGGAAAAUUCAGCUAUGCCCAAUUGAAGGAUAUAAAAGCCCAGGCUUUAGAAUUGCCUUUCAAUAAUACCGAUAUGGCUCUAAUUAUUAUAUUACCGGAUGAUAUUGAAGGUUUAGCAGAGUUAGAGAAACAUCUAAAAAGUUUGGAAUUUAACUAUAUACCCUCGAGAUUGGCCUUUAAGGAUGUGUGUGCCUAUAUACCCAAAUUCCGUAUAGAACAUGAACAGGAUUUACGUGAAACUUUAGAAAAGAUCGGCUUAUCCAAUAUAUUUUCCGAUAAAGCUGAUUUUAGUGGUAUAUUCGAUUCUUCUGCGAAUCAGUUUAUUUCUGCUGUUAAACAAAAAUCUGUUUUUGAAAUUGAUGAAACUGGUGCGGAGUCAGCUGCUGCUUCAGGAGAGGAAGUAGAUUGCCGUAAAGCUCCUUUGUUCUUGGCCGAUCAUCCUUUCAUUUUCGGAAUUCGCAGUAAAUCUGCGGUGUAUUUUGCUGGUCAUUUGGCUAAGAUUUAAACUGGAAUAUAUA